UGGACAGCUCAGCCGGCCGCGCGGCAUCCCGGCGCCGUGUGUCCCCGCGUGUCCAGCCGGCUAUCCUGCAGCGCGGUCGCGGGACGCGCCCAUGCGGCCGCCCACCAUGUCUGGGCACUUUCUGCUGGCGCCCAUCCCCGAGUCCUCCUCCGACUACCUCCUGCCCAAGGACAUCAAGCUGGCGGUACUGGGCGCGGGUCGAGUGGGCAAGAGCGCAAUGAUCGUGCGCUUCUUGACGAAGAGAUUCAUCGGCGACUACGAACCCAACACAGGCAAACUGUAUUCGAGACUCGUCUAUGUGGAGGGGGACCAGCUAUCCUUGCAUAUUCAGGACACUCCGGGAGACGUCCAGGCCCAAGACAACCUCGUCCAAAUGGUGGAUUCUCUGUCCAAGUCCGUGCAAUGGGCCGAGGGCUUUCUGCUGGUCUAUUCCAUAACAGACUAUGAGAGCUACCAGUCCAUUCGGCCCCUUUUCCAGCACAUCCGGAAGGUCCACCCAGACGGAAAAGCGCCUGUCAUCAUUGUGGGAAACAAAGGAGACCUUCUGCACGCCCGACAGGUGCAGACGCACGACGGUCUUCAGCUAGCCAACGAGCUGGGUAGCGUCUUCCUUGAAAUCUCCACUAGUGAAAACUAUGAAGACGUCUGUGCCGUGUUUCAACAUCUCUGCAAAGAAGUAAGCAAGCUGCACAGCAUCGGAGGGGAGCGGAGGAGGGUCUCCGUCAUCCCCCGGCCUCGGUCUCCCAACAUGCAGGACCUGAAGAGGCGGUUCAGGCAGGCCCUGUCCUCCAAAGUAAAAGCACCCUCCGCGCUGGGGUGACCCAUCUCCUAUAGACUGGUAUCUUUUAUUUUUCUUGUUUUUACUAAGCAUUUGUGCUACCAUGAAGACUGGGCCUUUCCCCUUUAAAACAUAUUCAGAGUUUAUUUUUAUAAUCAGUUUAUUGGCUUUCAAGUGUAUGUGUAUUUCUGAAAAUUCAAACAAUGAUUGGAUUUUUUUUUUUUUAAUGAGAGAGGUUUUUUUUUUUUCUUUCUGU